GAAUUAGAACUAAGUUCACAUUCUCCAUCCUUUACAUUCAACUCUUUCUGUUCACCUGUCUUUUAUUUAUCCAAAUUCCUAGAAAACCCUGCAGGCUUUAUUCUGUACAUAUGUAACAUCUCACACGGAUAUAUUCAAAUAUGUUCCAAAAAAAAAAAAAAAAACAUAACAGCGGAGAUUACAUCUGUACCUAAAGGAAUAUGUAAAGUGAUGGGUGGGAUUGAAAGAGGACAGUAAUACUGUAUAAUAAGAGGUUUGUUAGAUUCAGGUGCACAAAGUGAGGUGAAGAACAGAUGAACUCUCGUAACACACACCCUGUGUGGAGUACAUGACAUACAUGAGAUAUGGUUCACCUCGUAUCAGUGACUCUGCUCUUCUCAGAUAAACUGAUCCUGAUUAAGGAGAACCUGACCUGGUGGGAAGCUCUGACAUACUGCAGGAACCAUCAUCAUGACCUGGUGUCAGUGCGCACCGAGGAGAUGCAGCUCUGGGUGAAGGAAGUGACUCAAAACGCCUCCACUGAACAUGUGUGGCUCGGCCUGCGUCACGACUGCGCCCAGCGUGUCUGGUUCUGGGUUGUUGGAUCAAUAAUCUGCUAUGAGGGCUGGGCACCAGGGAAUGGGACCUGGAAUGAAGACUGUAGUCAUGAGAAGAGAAGCGGAGCAGUGCAGUCUGGAGGAGAGCAGAAGUGGAUCGAGCUGCCUGAGAGCCAGAAGCUCAACUUCAUCUGCUCUACCUAUGAUGAUUUGUUUUAUUAAACAUGAAGACUGAAGACAAGUUGUGGUCCAUCAUCUGUGUCCAGCAUCAGCUGAUCUACAGCAAUGUCUCAUUUAUUCUCUUCUACACAUUAUUAUUAUUAUUAUUAUUAUUAUUAGUAGUAGUAGUAGUAGUAGUAGUAGUAGUAGUAGUAUUGACUGUUCUUAUUAAUAAAGGGGUUUCUGGGUAAUGUAGGUGAAAUCUAUUAACCUGAUGUUUAAACUACAGUGUGUUGGUUUGCACAUAUAAUUGUUUUUUGUCUGCUUUCAAAGAAUAAAGAACUAUAGCAUAUAUAUAAAGAACAACAGCUCAUUUACACCUAUGCAGGAAGUUUAGAACACCAAGCCAUUUAAACAGUUAUGUGAAAAUCCUCAUUAUUCUUUAUGUUUUUGUUUUCAUUAUACAUAUAUAUUUCUAUAGUUCUUUGUUUUUUGAGUGUGUUAUCAGGAUGUCUGCAUAAUGACAUGUUGAUGGUUUCUAUACCUGGGAUUUCUGAGCACUUGUUCUUUUAAUGUGUAAGGAUAUGGGUGAUAAUGACUGCUGCCAGUUUCCUAUC